GAUCUAUCCAGUCUUGGGUUUUAAGAUUUUUUAACUGAGAAAAUGUUGAAAAAAGGGAAAAAUCCGAUUUUGACUUAUUAUUGAUUAUCUCCCCUUUUCAGGGACAUUGAUCAGAUAUUACAAUUGACAUUAACAUAUUUUCUUUUAUAUCAACAGUUUCUUUAAACUCUAUAUUUCAUUACAAUAAAUUCAUUUUAAAACAUUUAUAUCAAAUUUGUGCAUAAUCUAAUUUUUAAAUCUCACUAUUAUACCACGAAAUACUUGGAUAAUAGCUAUUGAAUAUGUCUUAAACUGGGUGAUCGUUACUAUGGAAACCAAACAGGUGUAAGAAAAAAAUGAGGUUAUAAUUUCGCUUCUAGAGGCAAAAGGUAUCACCAUGCCAAGUUUCAUCAAAAUCGACGACCAUGAUGUGCCACUCCCUGCCUGACUCUUAUAUGGAGUUGUACUGAAAUAACCGCCGAACGUCUAUUAUGUGAUGCUUUCAAAUAAAAUUGGGAUCGCUAUAUACAGUACUAAAGAAUCAUGCAAACUUUUGUUGAUAAAUGAAUUCGUUAAAGCUGUAUUAGAGCUUCUUACUGAUUAUGACUAUUUACCGUUAAUGAGAACUAGUUUAAUGACGUUUCCGCGGGAAUAUUGAGGAUCACAUGUACACUGUACAUGUACAUCAAAAUCAACGUUAGAUGCAUCAACUAAGCAGUUUGCUGCAGCAAAAUUGAGAAGGCACGUUUAAAUGACACUGUUGGGUUUGUUAUUUCGGAUCUCUUAGAAGAUUCGCACAAAAUGUCACCCUCACAAUAUCUUGGAUCGAGAGUGAAAACACUGACAUAGAUCCCCAAACACCUGUCAGUGUGUUUAAAAAUUAUUUUGGGUAAGCCAUUUAAUACUUAUAUAAUCAUACGCUUUAUUCUGUGAAAAUCAAAUUGUUAAAAGUAUAUUGUGACAAUUCUUUCACAUCAAUAUGAUUUUGAAUUCAGUAGAAACUUUGAAUAUCUUUCGAAACACUUUCAUUGUAACAUUGAAUAGGUAUUGAUGUAGACUCAGAUUCGGUUUACAGGUUUAGGAUUAACAGAUUUCAGAUACAAAUCCAUGUCGGCACGGGUAAAUGAAUUAGAGUCUGACCAGGAUUCCAAAAAUAAAACUGCUGCCCAGGGAAAGAAUAUAUUCGAUGUAUCGAAGGCCGCAACUAGAAGUUACAGACAUUAUCCUGCACAAAGAAAAGAAAUUACUUCCAAUGAUAUGUUAUACAAUGGUAUCAUCUCAAUGCUAAGGAAGCAUAACAUUGGGUUCACCCGCCACCAAGUUCAAAAUGUGGGCAACCACAUUGUGUCUACGUUGACUGAGGCAUUGUGGUACCUAGAUCCACAUCAAGAAAAAUUUCGUAAAAGAGGCCUGCAAAUUUCCAAGCUCUUCAAAGAAAUGUACGGCUACCGUGAUCUUAAAAUGUAACAUAAGAAAUUUCUAUUGGUGUUUUUAGAAAAUGAGGAAAACUUGUCAUCACUUCUGAUAAUGCCAUGGUCAAUAAAUCCCCAGUGUAAAGAAUUCUACUCGUCUGUUGAAGAUUUGAUUUCUUAUUUCAAGAAAUAUGAAGAAUAUUUAUGUAACUGAAACAAGAAGAUGAAAGAGAACCAUAACAGCCCUGCUCCAGUGCGCGAUUUUAAAGACAACUGGAUGUUUAGAGUUGUUGGGUCUGUUCGACAAGUGACUGUAGAGUAUGAAGCUUUGGACUUGUGUGUGAAAGAUAUGGCAGAAUAUCAAACUAUUGAUUUCAUCAAUUUUGAAUCUAAUGAUAAUUAGGCAAGAAGAAAAUGUAUAACACAUUUAGGGUUAGCAAAUUAUAUAACCUUAUUUUCAUUCCAAUAUGGAAACUAUCUCGGAAAUAUGAAUGUUUUAUGGAAACUUUCAGAUUCAACUGAAAGAGAUAGAAAGAUGCAAGUACAAGUUGUCAACAAAGUAAAACAGAACAUAAUAAAGUUUUCUACAAGAAAGAUGCAAAAGGGUUUUACAAAUCGAUAUAAAACCUGUACUGGCCAACAAUCGGUAAUUUUAAGGAAUAUGUAUAUGUAUCUUAAUGAGUUUGAAGAUCAGGCAAAUUCUGCAAAUGCUGCAGAGGUUGAUGAACGCUUUAUGAAGUUUCUGUUGGAAAGUGAAGACUGUGAUUUGAUUUUUGAAAAAAUAGACGCUCAAGCCAUUCUGGAAAGAACUGAAUAAGUUUUUUGAUGAAAAUGCUGCUGUUCAUGAAAGGCGAUCAAAUGACAGGCUUUACUAACCAUAUGCCAUUUCAGUGGAAGAUCUCAAGCACCAAAUACUUGAGAGAUUACCAGAGAGUUCAAAGUCUUGGCUUAAAUUGAACUUUAGUCCAGGACAUGUGUACGACACAACAGCUAAAUAUUACACUGGAUAAUACAUUGUUUGAUUUGCAGUACAACAAAGAUUAGUCCAAUUUCAGCAUCUUGACUUUCAUUACUGUGCUAUACUACUUUCAAUGCUGAAAGAAUUUGCUUGCCAGAUGAAAGAUUAUUCAAGUUUCCUAUGUAUGGAUGACAACGCCAUUGUUCCUAUGGGUGAACCGCAUCAUCCAGUUUCAACUGAAGUACGUGCUCACCAUGAUGGUCUUUAAGGUGAGUGCAUGAAAGUGGUAGCUUUAGACUAUGACUUCCAUGUAGGUGGGAUAAUUCCAUCUAUCUGUUUCAUGAACGAUAUUACGGAAAAUCCAAAAGACCCAUUUUACAAUGGACUUCUUUAUCUUACUGUCAAAGACAAGGUUUUCUAAGCCUCAUCUCCACACCGAUAUUCCACUGAAAAUAUGUCGUUGAUGCGUACGUACUACUCUGAUGAGCAUGUGAACCUUCGAACUCCAGUGCUCAUCCGUUACACUGAUGGUGGACCAGAUCACAGGACAACAUAUAAAAGUGUGAAAAUGUGUGCUCUGAUCGAGUUCAUUGCUCCUGACUUGGAAAUUAUAGUAUGUGCACUAACAGCUCCAUGUGGAAGUUAUGCAAAUCCAGCAGAACGAACAACGAGUCUCUUCAAUUUAGCUUUACAGAAUGUAGCAUUGGAGAGAGAUGCUAUGUCCCCAGACUGUGAAAUGCAAAUUAAGUCAGCACGCUCACUUAAGAAGCUAAGGAACUUGGCACGUAGAAAUCAGGGACUUAAAGAAGAGUACCCACACGCAGUUGGUGUAUCAUCGAACGUUUUAAAAGAAAGAUUUAAGCAUCUCAGGUGGAAAUGAGAACAAAUAUGUGUACUGGAGGCAGCUAGUCCAAAGGAAAUGAAUGCAUUGGUGGAGAAAUUGAAAGUCCUCGUUGAAAAUAUUCUGUGUGAUGCACAUUUGUCAAAUCUACAAUCAAAAGCAAUUGAUACUUUUCUUGAGUCCCAUUCCCGAAGUCGUCUUCACAGUUUUCAGUGGCAACUCUUGUAAUUACUUGUAGCAAAGGUUAGGGGAUUUGUGAUCUGCACAGAGUGUGGGAAGAGCAGGGUUAUCUAGGAAGACAGAAAGUUGAACAGAACCGAGGAAAGAGCAGUGGAGCGUGUUGAAGAUGAACUGCUAUAUCUUUGUUGCAAUCCUUUCUUUCCUGAUGGACAGUGCCAAGAUAUCGUUAUCCACAGGGUCAACGCAUGUUUUUUUAUGCAAGAUGCUUUCAUUGUGGAGACUCAGAUGUCAGGAAUUGUAAAGAAUUGGGAAGACAUCAACAAUAUUUUGCUAUUGUCCGUCCCAUAUGCCAAGCAUGUCUGCUUGCAGGAAAACAAAUUUCCACACGGAAUGCCAAGAAGCGAAGGAACUGAUUUAAUACACUAUGAGGUACUGCAAUCAUGGCCUCAAAACAUCUGCUACCCGAACAGCAAAACUUUGUUCGACUAUCAUUAGCCUGUGUGGACGAGAUUCGAAAAGUGUUGGGGGAUAUUUUACACUCACAGAUACCAUCAGAAAAUCUCCUUAGGGAAAUCCAAGCAAACACGACAUUGUUAACCGGACAUCAAAAGCUCACUCCAGAACAACUAAAGCUUUGUUAUAUCCCUGGUCCUGUUGUUCCAGACUAUCGAUGUUUUGAUAUCACCUUACUGUACAAGCUCAUCCGGUACCUGUGUUCAACAUUACAACCUACUCAAGGGUGGGGUAAAAAACCUCACCAGACAGAUAUUAAACUCGGGGAUGAUAUCGAACGGCUCAGACUCUUUAGAAAUGACGUGGUUGCACAUGCGCAAUCUUCUAGUGUACCUGAUGAUGUAUUUAAUUCCAAAUGGAAUGAGCUGAGAGACGCUUUUAACAGAAUAUAUGGAUUUCCCCUAUUAAAUAGAAACAAAACAGGCAUAUUAGAUCACCUCGCAUGCAUCGAAAAAACUGACUUCGGUUGGCAGGAAUACGAAAAGAGCCAACUGCGUUUGGCGUUGGAACAUAUUAAGCUUACAGAGGCUCCAAAACUAACAUUAGAAGGCGAUGAACGAAAAUCAUACGGAGAAAGUUCAUGUUUUGUGGCAAGGUAUGGAAAUGUAGAUAUGUCUAAUAACUGGCCUAUCACGUGGCAGAUAAUUAGAGGGAACACAACAGAGCAGUUAGACAUUGGCACAGAGAGGUACAGGGGUAGCUCUAGUCAGAUGCUAGUGAUUGCAAGAGUCUCAAAGGAAGAUCAGGGAGAGUAUCGGGCGACUGUAUCACGUGAGGUGAAUGGAACUCACGUGCAAAUUCCCAGCAAUUCCAUCUACUUUACGGUUACAGGAGAUUUACCGAUUUUGGAGAUAGAAAAGGCAAUCUCUGAAGACGACAGAAUAACCAUUCAUUAUAACGUUAGUGUCGACGAUCAAUCACCAGCUGUGCACAGCAUUCUGUGGACAAAAGAUGGAACACGUUUAGAUACAAAUGCAGAUAAGUACAGUGGUGGACAAUUCAUUGACAGGCACUUUACGAUACACUCUCCAACGUCGACUGAUAUUGGUCAAUACAGUUGUGAAGUUUUCAAUGCCGUGGGAUCCGUCACAAAAUCCAUAGAUCUGAAUAUCCCUUCCGUAUCCAUUGUUGGGAAUCUCCAAGUAACUGUUGGAAAUGCAGUCACCAUUAAAGGUAUUAUUCAGUCUUGUCCAACACGAGUAUCGGCAAUAUGGCAGAAAAAUGGAAAACUUGAUUUGGAAGACUUCGAAAAUCUAGACAUUGAUGACUCCAAAUAUCUUGGAAGUAAAAAUGACCCAGAACAUCCGAUACUAGUAAUACCGAAAACAACGCAUGAAGACGAAAUAUAUUACCGUCUUGUUGUGUCCAAUGGGAUGGGCCAAGGAUCAAGUAAUGCUAUUUGCCUGGAACUCAUAGGAGAUGUUCCGUCGUUAUAUGUUCACCAUGAAACAAAUGUUUUGGAAAAAAGUGUUACGUUGGUAUGUAAAAUGGCCCUGCCUAUCAACUCCCCGGAAGUUUCGGAUGUCUUUUGGACAAAGGACGACAUAAAGAUUGACAUUCUAGGAAGAGAAGGAAAAUACUCAGGAGGAAGUAUUGUUGAUCCCUCGCUAACUAUCAAAACUGUGAACUCAAACGAUAAAGGCAGAUAUCAGUGUUGCGUAUCGAAUCUCAUGGGAAAGAUGAGGAGUGAAAAAAUUCAUCUAGGUCUACCUACAAUUGAAUUUGAUAAUCCAGACUUGGAUGAACUUCACGAAAGAGUCACCUACAACGCUGCGAUCAAAUCCAUCCCUGUUGCUCUCAGGGCUGAAUGGAAAGUCAGACAAGAGCCUAGUGGAGAUUUGCAAGCACUUGAUACACACAAUCCGUUACACAGAGGGUCUACAGUAGCCUUGCCUCGUCCAAGGCUAGUAGUCAACAGAUACACAACCGAACAGCUGCAAUCAUUUCAGCUUGAAGUUUUCAAUUUCAUCGGAAGUAGUAGAAGGGAUACAUAUGAUAAGAUUAUGGACAGUUCUGAGUCAAAUAUAGACCAAGUGGUUUCAGAUCCCUUGAGAAAAUUGUACAACAAAAGAGGGUCCACCGUUCUGUUUGCCAACCUCACUGACAAACUCGCAAAGUCAAUUCCAGAAGACAAACUUGAUGUACUCAAACACAUUCUUCUUGGGCUCAGUGAAGUUGAUUCGGAAUCAAUAAAGAAGGUGAAAUCUAUCAGGGAACUGUUCAUACUUCUUCAGGAGAAUAAACUCUUCACACAGACAGAUGUAAUAUUUAUGCAGUAUUUGCUCAAACGGAUCGAGUGUAAAGAUUUGAAUGAGGAAUGCAUAAAAUAUGCUAGGAAGCAGAUAGCGCUAUGCUUCUUUGAAAAAUUCCCAGACGAUGGUUCCAAGCAUGUACAGAUCCACGUGGCAGGACAUUUUGAGGUAUACUUACAAGAGGAUAUUCAGAAGAUCAGAGAAACAGUCGUCGCUAUUCUGGGCUGCGAAGAUAGUGAUGUUGUGAUAGAUGGAAUUCGUCGUGUUAACAGCUUUUUUGUAGUUCUAGCCAUCAAGGAAAUAUUCGUCAACAAUAUUGUACAUAUGGAUCAACAACACAUUCAGAAACUCUGUCAUUUCAAAGUGGACUACUUUAUUUUGGACAACGAAAAGUAUAGCAUGGAAAGUCUUCUGAAAGCCCGAGUCCAUGUGUCAGGUGCGAAAGGUGAGAAGCCUCACAGAGAAGGCGUCAGGAAGGAAGCCACAGUCAAAUUUGUGCAAUAUUUUCAGAGAGACGACCAUACGAGACAAAACUUAUACAGUAGCAUAUCAUUUGACCCUGCCACCUUACAAAGGCCUUUAUCUAUUCAUUCUAUUCGUUCUCUGAAAAGAGCGCAAUCUGAGAGGAAGAACCUAACCGAUGAUUAUAAAGAAGCUGCUGCAAUUGAAGAGAUUUCAGACGGUAUAUCGGAACAUGGAGGGUGCAUAGAGUGUGUUAAGGUAAUUCCAGUAAUCUGGGGUGAGGAAAUAGAGGAGGGCGACCACAUUGUCUUUGCUGAAGCAUUAUAUGAUCAUCAUGGAAUUGUCAUUUCGAAAAAGAAAGACGGUAAUGAAAUUGAGAUAGUGGAAGCAACAAAUACCAUUUUCGGAGCAAUUGCAGGUAUUUUUAUCGGGAAGAAAGCGCACGUUCAAAGAACCAUCAAGACGUUUAACUUUACAAUCGAUCACAUAAGAAUAGUUGUGUACAGAAAACCAAAAUUUUCCAAACAAGAAAUCGUAUGUCGUGCCAAGACGUUUAUCAAUAAAGGUGAGCCAAAUAGGAAGAAUUUUGAUUAUAAUAUAUUAACGAAUAAUUGUGAGCAUUUCGCAACAUUCUGCGUCACAGGAAAGAGAUUCAGUAUUCUGGUCAGAAAAUUCGUAAUGAUUGCAUCAAUUUUCGUUCGACGUGGAUUUCUAGGAAUCAGUGAUGAAAAGCUUCGAAAUGAGAAGGAAUUCGAAAACAAUAUCAUAUGCAAACAAUGUUAUGAAGUCAACAAGAAGCUCUUCAGUGCAGAAAUUACACCGAUAUUGCGCCAUGAUGACGUAAAUCUAGGUGAUGUCAUCAGAUAUUCCUAUUGGAAUCUUUGGCACGAUGCUGUAGUUCUGAGGAUUGUCAAGAAAGAUAGCAAGUUUGUGCUCUGUGAAAUAGCUCAUUAUUGUUAUUGUGGCCCCUUCUCUCAAAGAGAAAUUAUCAGAGAGGAAUUGAAAAUUGAUUUCAAGGGCAGUGUCAGUGUUCUUCAUUACGAACCCCCGAAUUACGAUGUUUACGACCCGGAAGUUGUAGUUCACCGGGCAGAACAACGAAUGGAAGAGAAAUGCUUUGUCUUUUUCUCCAAUGAUUCCAGUCACUAUGCUCGCUGGUGCAAGUUAAAACUAGUACGGCAAUCUUCAAUGGUGAUGGAGACUGCGGUGUAGAAGGUAUCGGCGUUAGAAUGUGAUUUAGAAUAUUUUUCCAUGCAUGAUUCUACUGCACGAUGUGUAACUGACAUUCGGUACAUGCUAUUUUGUAGAUUACGGUGUGUAGAUGUAUAUUGUCUGUGAGUUUUAUAUGAAGUGGGUUUUUUUCUAAUGGACAUACAUUGUAUUUUCGGCAAAAUUAAGGGCACAAGAAUUUGAUAUUUUUAUGUAAUUGAUAGAUUUCCGGACUUUUUCACCAUGCUUGAAGAUAUUAGACUGAUUUUAAGUUUGUAGGUGUGUAUUAUGAUUAUUUGACUUUCUAGGCUGUCAAUCCUUUGUUUGAAGAGUGGAUCCACUUUUUCUUUUGUGGUUUACUUUCUUUCGUCUUUUUGAACCCAUGCUUUAUUUCACAGUACUUGAUGAGAUAUCUCACCGGGUACGAGUUAAUUCUUGCACUGAUUACCAUCUUUGAUUAACCCGUCCUCGUUUAAGAAGAAUUACGUCACCCAUCAUCACUUCGCGCUUCAGCCCAUUGGACAAUAGGACUUGAUCUGAUUUGCUCCCUAGAAAACAUUAAUUAUGUAACUUGCAGAGUAUAUACAACUGUACUUUUGUAAAUUUAGUGCUAUGUAUUUUGUACAUAUUUGACGUUUUCGUUUAUCCUGAUAUUGAAAUGAAAGGUGAAGAUAACGAACAGUGAUCAAUCCCAUAAACUCUAUAAGCAAUAAAAAAAAAAUAUAGUUGGGCAAACACAGACCCCUGGAUACACCAGAAGUGGGAUAAGAUGCCUGGGAGGAGUAAGUAUCCCCUGUCGACCGGUCACACCCACCGUGAGCCCUAUAUCCUGAUCAGGUAAACGGAGUUAUACGUAGUUAUAAUCAGUGUGAAAUAUAUUUUUUUUCCAGGUGUUUACAUUGGCAUUUUACUGUUUAAUUUCAACAAUGUGAACUUUGCACUUUGUUAAUUGUCUGAUUAUUUGUUAAAACAACGGUUAAUAAUGCGUAACAAUUGUUUUUAAAUGUCAAUUUCUGAUACUGAUAAAUUGUUUUGAUUUAAUGAUCAAUGUUAUUAACUUCUAUCACUGAAAUAAAGAGUUCAAUAUG